UUUCUAUUCGCUUCAGGGAAGCGUGGCAAUGAUGAUCUGUUUGACAAGUUGGAUACCAGUAAAUUGAAUGCUCAUCUGAAAGAACUGAUGCCUGGCCUUACAGCCAAAGUUUUCCGUACCUACAAUGCAUCGAUCACAUUGGAUAACAUAUUGAACAAGGAAACCAAAGAAGGAGAUGUUUCGGAAAAACUUGUUGUUUAUCAGCACGCAAACAAAGAGGUUGCCAUCAUUUGUAAUCAUCAACGUACUGUCUCAAAGUCUCAUGGUGCACAGAUGUCUAAGUUAAUGGAGAAGAUUGGUGGCCUUCAGGGCACCCUUAAAGAGCUGAAAACAGAUUUGGACAGGGCCAGAAAGGGAAAGCCUCCUCUGGAAGAUGCCGAUGGGAAGCGAAAGAGAAACUUGACCCCGGAAGCGUUGGAGAAGAAGAUAGCUAAAACGACAGAAAAAAUGGAAAAAAUGGAAGCGGAUAUGAGAACCAAAGAGGAUCUGAAAACAGUGGCAUUAGGAACGUCCAAAACCAACUAUCUUGACCCCAGAAUCACUGUUGCAUGGUGCAAGCGACAUGAAGUUCCACUUGAGAAGAUAUUCAACAAAUCCCUCCUGGAAAAGUUUGCCUGGGCAAUGGACGUGGACUUUGACUUCAGAUUCUGAUAUUUGGGAGAUGUGGCUCGCAUGGCCGCCAAGUUUCCUUCUUUUCACAUACGUACACUUCAAAAACAAGAGAGGAUGCUUGCUUAUACAAUUCAAUCUAUUUUAUUCAAGAGUCCAUUGCACGGCAGAUGUGGAUUAGACCAAUCGACCAG